GUGCGCCUGUCUAGAAGUUAAAACAAAGUGCAAAAUGAAAUCCAUGCUCGUUUUUGGCCUGUUGGCUAUGUGCGUGUUGGCGGCCACCGCUAGCGAGGAGGCACCCAAGAAAGUUGAGGCCGCUGAGCCCGCCGCUGAGGCCAGCGCGACAGCUGAGAAGAAGCAGGAGAAACGCGGUAUUGGCUAUUCCGGCUAUGGCUAUGGCGGUUCCAGCUAUGGCGGCUCCAGCUAUGGCGGCUCCAGCUAUGGUGCCUCCGGUCUUGGUGGCGGUGCCAUUCUGAGCACUGGCCAUGGUGCCAUUGGAGGACCCGUUGUCUCUCAGCUGCCCACACAGGUGCACACUAACACCGUGGUGAGAACCGUCCAGGUGCCCUAUCAGGUGGAGCGUCAUGUGCCUUAUCCCGUUGAGAAGACCGUCACCUAUCCCGUCAAGGUGCCCGUGCCACAGCCCUACCCCGUGGAGAAGGUUGUCCAGUAUCCCGUGAAGGAGAUCGUUAAGGUGCCCGUCCAUGUGCCACAGCCCUACCCGGUUGAGAAGGUCGUGAAGGUGCCAGUCAAGAUCCCAGUCGAUCGUCCCUACACCGUGCAUGUGCCCAAGCCAUACCCCGUGCCCGUUGAGAAGCCAGUGCCCUAUACCGUUGAGAAGCGCGUCAUCCAGAAGGUGCCCGUCCAUGUGGACCGCCCAGUGCCCUAUCAGGUGAAAGUGCCCGUCAAUGUGCACGUUGAGAGCCAUGUCCAGCCCGCCAUCACUGUCACCCACACCGUCACCAAGACCGAGGGUGCACCCAUUGUCAGCGCACCAAUUGCUAGCGGUUACUCCGGCAUCUCUGCUCACGGCGUCUCUGGACCCGCCAUUGCUGUCGGCCAUGGCAUCUCCUCGUAUGGCGGUCAUGGCAUCAUCUCCGGACACGGCAUCUCUGGCCAUGGCAUCUCUGGCCACGGUGUCUCCUCGUACGGCACCUCCGGACACGGCGGUUACCUCCACAAAAAGUAG